UCAUCACUAGCGCGCGACAACGCGUUCACAGUCAGCGUCGAGUCUUCUGAGGAAAGAAAUUCAUAUUCACUGAAGCUCCUCCCACAAACACUGCAGAAUGAAACACAUUGAAGAUACUGAAGAACAAACAGAGUUGAUUGAAGAAAACAAUGAGAAAGAAGAAUUGAGGAAAGUUGAGGAGAAAAAUAAUGUGAAAAAUGGAGAAAAACCUUGGUCUCAAGCCAAACAGAAAGAUUUAAAGAAAAGAAGAGCCAAGAAAUCUUUCACCUGCACGCAGUGUGGAAAGAUUUUGACAAGCAAAAGAGGUCUUGAGCGUCACAUGAGAGUUCAUACUGGAGAGAGACCGUACAUGUGUUCACACUGUGACAAGAGAUUCAGUCAGUCUCGAGACCUGAAAAACCAUGAGAGGAUUCACACUGGAGAAAAACCGUACUCAUGUGAUCAGUGCGGGAAGAGUUUCACACAAAAAGUAAACCUUAAGAAACACAUGAUCAUCCACACUGGAGAGAAACCAUCCAAGUGUUCACAUUGUGACAAGACAUUCAGUCAGUCUGGAUACCUGAAAUCACAUGAGAGGAUCCACACUGGAGAGAAACCGUACACAUGUGAUCAGUGCGGGAAGAGUUUCACGCAAAAAGUAAACCUUACGACACAUAUGAGAAUUCAUACAGGAGAGAAACUGUACACUUGUGAUCAGUGUGGAAAGAGUUUCACUCACUCUGCAAACCAUAAGGAUCACAUGAACAUCCACACUAGAGAGAAGCAGCACGCAUGUGAUCAGUGUGGCAAAACAUUUCUGAGAGCUCCUGACCUGAAGAAACACCUGAGAGUUCAUACAAAGGAGAAGCCACAUUCAUGUAAUUUGUGUGGAAAGAGAUUUUCAUUUCUACAAAAUUUAAAAGUACAUCAAAAAAUUCAUACUGUAAUGAAAGAAUACAUGUGCUGUGAGUGUGAAAAGACUUUUACUACAACUAAACAUUUGAAACAGCACAAGAAGAUUCAUACUGGAGAAAAACCUUACAAGUGUUCACACUGUGAUAAAACAUGCAGUGAUUCAGGACACCUGAAAACACACGAGAGGAUCCACACUGAAGAAAAACUGUAUCACUGCACUGCAUGUGGGAAACAUUUCAGCUGUUCAACUGCUCUACACAGUCAUACAAAAAACAAUCACAGUAAAUAGAUCCUGACAGAUCUGAUGCCACGUCCUUACCAAAUGUUACACAAUAGUGCAAGCAAUAAAACAUCAUCUGGAUAAAUCUGUCCUAACCAGUCAUUACAAGUGACAUGACAAAGAAAUAUUAUCUAAAGCUUUCACAGUGAAUAAAGUUCAUCUUCAAAACAAGCAGAAUCAACUGUGAGAUUCAGAUCAACUCAAGGAUUGAGUUCCUCCCCAAUGUCAAAGCAUUUUAUUAUUUUAUAUAAUUUUCCUUCAUGAUACAAAAUGUAUCAUUGUGCUUUCUUAUGAGUUUCAUAUGAUGUUCGAUUGUCUUAUUCAUAUGUGUCACCUGUAGAUUGCUUAUUCUUUCAUGUUUCAUGUUUUUACAAACUGUUCUUGUUCGGGAAGCUGAAGAACAGACUGUAACACUUUUUAAGAGAGAAUUAUAUUUAUUAUAUAUUGUUCUUUGUUGUUUUUAAAAUGAGUUAUUUUAAAAACUUAAAAUGUAUUUAGGAAAUGCAGAUGCAAGAUAUACUGUCAUGUAGCUUUGUAAUUGAUCCUUCUCUGCUUACAAGUAUGCACAACUGAACCCGGUAUUAAAUGAGCCCUGUGACUAAAUUUUGAUUUUUAUGCUUUUUACACCCCGUUCUUGUUCAGGAAGCUGAAGAAGAGACUGUAACACUUUCAAGAGAGACUUGAGAUUUAAUUUUGUUGUUCACUGUUAUUUUUUAAAAUGACUUGUUAUUCUUCCACUUAUGAUGUAUUUAGGAAAUGCAGAUGCAAGAUAUACUGUCAUGUUUUGUAACUGAUUUCUCUGUGCUUCACUUGUAACUAGGAAUGAAUACCUGAACCCGGUAUUAAAUGGGUCCUAAGCAAAAAUUAUCGAUAAGCUCUAAUGUUAACUGGUCUACUUUUGGAGCUGGGGAAAUUAAGAAAAUACACUUACAAUGUAUCAUUGCUACAUAAAUAUAAUCAAGCUAGCUUUGUCUUUCAAAUAUUCACUUGUAUUACCAUACAUUCUAUUAAACCAUAUGAUUUUAAUGAGAAAA